ACACACUAACUAAACCGCUCAAACAAAUUACAUUCACGAUUAACAUUCAUCCACAGCGUUCUCCGUUUCACUGUUCAUUUCACAACCAAUCCGAACACGAUGAUCGGCAACACCACUGGAACAAAAAAACGACACCGUAUCGCCACCAACAGCCGCCUCUCCUCCACCGCUGCAAUCAUCGACUCCUCCCGCCCCGACGGAACCCUAACGGAAGUCUCACACAAACCGUUACCGUCAUCCUCCUCCAUCCGCCGUUCAACCACACGUCAUCAUCCACCUCUCCCUCUCGCUCCAACCGUUUCCAACGGUUUCAACGAUCCUACCACCGCUGACGUCAUCCUCCGUCUCUACCUUGAUCAAUCCUCACCGUUCGAUUCCGACGAUUCUGAGACGCAACUCGCCGUUGAUUCCUCGUCGGAGUUUCAGAUCUAUCUCCAUUCCUCCGUUCUCCGGCGAUCGAAGUACUUCGCCGCGCUGUUAUCCGACCGGUGGAAGAAAGAUUCCGGCGAAAUUGAUUAUUAUCGGUUUAAUCUGGCUGUGACGUCAUCAUCGGUUAACAAUUCGGUUAGCAAUUCGAUUAAUAAUCAUGUGACGGUUUUGCAGUUAUUGUAUAAUAAUGAUUUAUCUAGUGCGAUUGAUACGGCAUCAACGGCAUUAGAACUGCUUCCGAUUGCUUUAGAAUUGUUAUUUGAGGACUGUGUAACGGCGUGUGUACGGUAUCUAGAGGCUGUGCCGUGGACGGAGGAGGAGGAGCGGACGGUGUUGAGUUUGAUUCCGUUGUUACGUGAAGAGGAGAGUGCAGAACUGUUGGCUAGGGUUUCGCCUCCGAAAUCGGAUCUAUCAGAGGAGAUGUUGCACGGAUUGAUACUGACAGCGAUUCAUAAUCAUCCAAAUAUGGCGUUUGCGAAGGCGUUUGUGGCGAAACUGUUGCGAGACUUUUCGUCGAGGGAGUCGGCGAGGAGAGUGUUGGAUAAGUCGUUUGAGACGAGUUUGAAUGUGGUGAAGGAGUCGUUGGAGGAAUAUUCGAGUCCAGAAGUGUUUCGUGGAGAGAUUAAUGAGAUGGAGGCUAUUCAGAGGUUGAAUUUGCAUACGGCGAUGACGAAUGGGAGGCAUUUGUUGUGGUUGAUUGAGAGGAUGAUUGAGUUGAGAGCGGCAGAUACGGCGGUGAAGGAGUGGAGUGAGCAGGCGUCUUUUACCGCGAAUUUGCAGCGCGCGUUUCGGGAUGAUGCGUGGAGGAAUAUGGUUCCUGGUCUUCCUUCUGUUGUUAUGCGGUGUACUUGCAAGCUUGCAAAUGCGGUCGCUGCAGGGGUUAUUUUGGCGUCUAGACAGGUUAGAAUGAAGCUGGUGAAAGAUUGGCUUCCAGUGCUGAUUGUAUGUAAAGACAACAUGACACCAAUGCUGACGAAUCAUAAAUCACUGUACCUUGAGCUGGAAGAAACAUUCUUGAAAAUCAUAUCAACACUACCCAUGUCUGAAGCCCAAGAAUUGUUGCAGCAAUGCUUGAGUUUUUCGACCAGAAACGUGGAGGACUGCCCUCAUUUGGUCUCCGCAUUCACCACCUGGUUCCGCCGUGCAAACAGACAAUUACAAGGUGAUCACUACCAACUUUCUUGAGGCCUGAUUUAGUGUGAUCAAAAUCCAUGAAGUUUGCUCAACUUAACUCUGGUUUUGGAAGUUUGUAUCGUGUAUGUACAACUGCUUUGUUGGGUAUGUAACGUAUCUUGAAGAAUCUAUUGGUGUCUUUGUAAAUCUUGGAGUUAUUGGCAUGGAUAGUUCUCAAGUUAAUCAUAUAUAAAUGGCCGGGUGGCGAAAUUGGAUGGUGAGAUUAGAUAGUUAGAUGGUGAGAUUAGAUAGUUAGUUGGUACCAAAUAACCCGCCUAAUCUAUUUGUUAUUAUGAUAAUUUGGUUAGUGGUUUUGGACUA